AUGUCUACAAAGAUAAAUAUUCAGACACUUCCAUCCAAAAAAAUACAAAAUAAAUCCCAAAGAUUCUGGAACACAUCUCACACACAGAUAAAAAAGUAA